CGCCGGGCCUGGGGCGGUCUGCCUGCAGCCCCUUCAUCCAGUGCGCGCCCAGCUGUUUCUAUAGGAACCACGGCGGCGCCGGCGCCCCUCUGGCAGAGGCCCCCGCGUGAGCAUGCCCAGUGCAAACCUCUAGUUUGGCUCCGGGUCUAGGUUUCCAGUAAGUGGCAUGCGGGACUCCAGAGAGAUCCCAAUGAGCUGAGCUGAGAGCCUUUGUGUGCAGAGGGAGGAGGCGGCGGCGGCGGCGGCGGCGGCGACAGCCGCCCGGCUGGAGACCCCGCCCGGGGAGCCCCCGGCAGGAACAAUGCUAGCCUGCCUGACCCGUGGGAACUUACUGGACGUCCUGCAGGAGGGCUUCAAUGAGCAACAGCUCCAGGCCUAUGUGGCCUGGGUGAAUGCACAGCUGAAGAAGAGGCCAUCAGUGAGGCCUGUGCAGGACCUGCGACAGGAUCUCCGCGAUGGGGUGAUCCUGGCAUAUCUCAUCGAAAUUGUUGCAGGAGAAAAGCUGAGUGGGGUACAGUUGAGUCCAAGUAACCAACAAGAGAUGAAGAAUAAUGUGGAGAAAGUACUACAGUUUGUGGCCUCCAAAAAGAUUCGUAUGCAUCAGACUUCAGCUAAAGAUAUUGUGGAAGGAAACCUGAAGUCCAUCAUGAGGCUGGUCCUUGCGUUGGCAGCUCAUUUCAAACCUGGCUCUAGCAGGAUGGUGAGCCAAGGACAGGACUCCAGAGCCCCUCUACAGAGUCACCAGCCACAUUGUGCCACUGCCGUGGCUCAAGGAGCAGCUGCUGCUUUAGCUGAUGUGUGCCAUGACAUGUCACGAUCAGGACGAGAUGUCUUCAGAUACAGACAGAGGAACAGUAGCAUGGAUGAGGAGAUUGAGAAUCCAUACUGGAGUGUGCGCGCCCUGGUGCAGCAGUAUGAAGGACAGCAAAGGUCUCCUUCUGAGUCGAGCUGCUCCAGCCUGACUUCACCCAGUCCAAUUCACAGUGCAAAGAGUGAGUCCAUUAUAACACAGUCGGAGGAGAAGGCAGAUUUUGUGAUUAUUCCCUCUGAAGGAAUAGAGAACAGAACAGAGGAGAUAGACUCUCCAUUAUCCCGAGACUGGCGACCUGGGAGCCCUAGAACCUAUCUGGAGACCUCAUGGGAAGAACAGCUGUUGGAACAACAAGAACAUUUAGAAAAAGAAAUGGAGGAAGCAAAGAAAAUGAUAUCAGGACUACAGGCCUUGUUGCUCAAUGGAUCCUUACCUGAAGAUGAACAGGAAAGGCCUUUGGCCCUCUGUGAGCCAGGAGCCAAUCCGGAGGAACAACUGGUUAUAAUUCAAAGCCGUUUGGAUCAGAGUAUGGUGGAGAAUCAGGACCUAAAGAAAGAGCUGCUGAAAUGUAAACAAGAAGCCAGAAACUUACAGGGUAUAAAGGAUGCCUUGCAACAGAGAUUGACUCAGCAGGACACAGCUGUUCUUCAGCUCAAACAAGAACUACUGAGGGCAAAUAUGGACAAAGAUGAGCUUCAGAACCAGAAUGUGGAUCUGCAGAGGAAGCUGGAUGAGAGGAACCGGCUCUUGGGAGAAUAUAAAAAAGAGCUGGGGCAGAAGGAUCGCCUCCUUCAACAGCACCAGGUCAAGCUGGAAGAAGCACUCCGAAAACUCUCAGAUGCCAGUCAUCAGCAGGUGGAUCUAGAACGGGAACUAGAACACAAAGAUGUCCUUUUGGCUCACUGUAUGAAAAGAGAGGUAGAUGAGGUAACCAACUACAACAGUCACAAUUCUCAAAGCAAUGGUUUUCUCCUUCCAACAGCAGGAAAAGGAGCUGCUUCCAUCACCCACAGAGGGACCAGUGACUUGCAGCUUGUUCGAGAUGCUCUCCGCAGCCUGCGAAACAGCUUCAGUGGCCAUGAUCCUCAGCACCACACCAUUGACAGCCUGGAGCAGGGCAUCUCCAGCCUAAUGGAGCGCCUCCACGUCAUGGAGACACAGAAGAAACAAGAAAGGAAGGUUUGGAGCAAGUCACCCAGAAUGCAAGCAGGUAGUGAAUACCGGGAAUCCUGGCCCCCUAAUUCAAAAUUGCCUCACUCACAGAGUUCUCCAGCUGUGAGCAGCACCUGUACAAAAGUGCUCUAUUUCACUGACCGGUCACUUACACCCUUCAUGGUCAAUAUACCAAAGAGGUUGGGAGAAGUGACUUUGAAGGAUUUUAAAGCAGCUAUUGAUCGGGAAGGGAAUCAUCGGUAUCACUUCAAAGCAUUGGAUCCUGAGUUUGGCACUGUCAAAGAGGAGGUUUUUCAUGAUGAUGAUGCCAUCCCUGGAUGGGAAGGGAAAAUUGUAGCCUGGGUGGAAGAAGACCAUGGAGAGAAUUAAUGCUGAGUAUUGGAACCUGGUCACUCCUGGCUGCUUCACUCAGGAAAGGGGACUUAAACCAGAGUACAUUAAGAAGUUUCUAAUUUGUGCUGCCAAAACAGAAGCUUCUCCAAGUAUGAUGGUUAUCUGCUAGACCUGUUUCUGUGCCUGGCAUGUCUGGUACUUAAAAUCCCUGUCCAUAUGUGGACCAUGGGUUCAUCUGGAGUUCCUUGUCCAUGGGAAGUGUUUUGUUCACUCUGAGGAUAACAAACCGAAGGCCUUAACCAAUGGGGAUGGAUGAUCCCGCUCCUGUAGGGGCAUGGCUGCUAUUAUCUGGAACCUAGGAAUUGGAUGCAUUACUCCGGUGUGUUACAGUAUUUUAAUUGGCCUCAAUGGUUGCAGCAAUCAGAGUCCCAGCAUUGUACUCACAGACAAGGCAAAGGUACCAACUUUUCUGCUUCUUUGCAGAUACCACAAACCAAGAAUAACUCGUGAGGUGGUACCAAAGAUGAAAGCCCAUUCUUCAAUAAUUGUUUGAACUGAACAUGGAUGGUGCUGAAUUUUUGAUUGGAUGGAAAAAGGGCUGCCCCAUAUUGUGCUAUUCUAUUCUGAAACCAUAAUUAAGACCUUGGGCUGCCUCUUCUGGUCUUAUCUGGUUCUGCAUCUUGUCAUUCAGCCCACAUAGGGCAUAUUUCAUGUACUGCUAGUUUUCUCUGGGGACUCUUAAACUUUAGAGCCAUUUAUUUUUCUUCCAACAGAUGAACUUUGUUUUUGAAAAGAAUAAGGAGUGAAAGGCUCCUUAAAAAUCCAGGCGGGUAUGGAAAGGUGCUGCUACCCAUAUCUUCUUAACUUUGUCUCAUGACUUUCUUUAACUCAUAACAUCUUCUUUGCAGUUAAGAGGAGACAGACCAUUAAUUUCAGUGUUUCUUUGUGAUUUAUGCGUAUUGAACACGAAUUACUGGUCUGCCCCUCAUUUCAAAGCUGGAGUUAUUUUCUACUAUACAUUUAGUCUAGGCUGAUCCUCUAGGGCAUAAUAGAAACCAUGGGGCAUGGAGCAUGAGUUGUAAAUGGGAAAGUUGAUUCAGGGUGAAGAAACCUAGAAUCAUUUCGCAUGUGCAACACUGUCAAGUGUAGAAGCUACAAGUGUUCAAUUUUCAGAGUUUAUUUAACAACCUGAAUUUUCUCAUUCAUCCACCAGUACCAUCAACCACUCAGCCAUUAUUCAUAUAUAUAUAUAUGUAUAUAUAUACACAUAUAUAUAUAUGUAUAUUAAAUACACACACACACAAACUUCCAAAAGCAGUCUGGACCACCAAUGUACACUGCCAAAUAGAAGAGUAGGACAGAUCUCAGUUCUGGGUUCUUGAACCUAUCUGUGUCCAAUUCAUCUCCCCUUUUCAGCCACUUGAACAGACUACUCUUGGAACUCUUGAAAUAACAUCUUGUUUUAUAUAGAUGUGUCUUUUAAAAAUAGUUCAUGUUUGGAGAAUUCUUUUGUACUCAUUUGCUUUUUGUCUGAGAACCAUGUCUAUUUUUAUAACUCAAGUGUGAGUUCUAUAUACUCUCACAUUCUGUAUACUGUGUCGCAUUUUCUAGAGAACCCAGUAGCUUUUAUACAGUCUCUUCUUACACCUCUGUGGUUUCAGAACAAACUUUAUUUUAUUACAAUUACACUAAUGGCCACUAAUUCCUGUCUGAUUCUACUUGCUAUUUUAGUUAUGGAGGUAGUUCUAUGUAAUCCAGUUUAUUACUCUUCUAGCAGAUAGAGUUCAAAAGGCAUCAGGUGUCUUUGAGUAAGUUUACCUGGUCUUCUAUUAAAGAAUGAUUUUUUUUUCGUCAGAAAUAACUGGGAAAGUUUGGGAAAGCCAGCCAUAGCAUUAUGAAAUUAAACAGAAUUAAACAUUAUGAAAGCAAACAGAAGAAAACAGUAUAUUUUCAGGUUUUUUUUCCUCCUCCCCCAAGAAGUCUGGAAAAAGUUCUUAUGUCACCAGUUUCUCUGUUGCAUGAAUUUUAGUGUUUUGCUCUAUGACAGCAUGAGGGUUAUCAGGCCAAAAGUUUGUUACUGUAUUUACAGUAAAUUUAUCUUGAAUGUCUGUCUCUUAAAUCAGUUUUUUCUUUCAGUGAACAGUCUUAUCAUUAUGUGGAUUUUUAACUUUUCAGGAAAAUUAAAUCAGAAAAAUUUCAGUUCUCUACUUUUGUGUUUUAUCUCUUUUUUGAAAAGGAGCUACAUGGCCUUCAUCCCUCCAUAAAGAGUGUAAUUUGAAUUCAGGGGAGAACACAAAAGAUAACUUCCCAACUUUUAGCUCAUGUACCAUGGAUAAUGACUAAGCAUCCUACUGGAGGACAUCACUUUCAUAACUGUGUGAAUUGUUGUAAUCAUUCUGGUUUCUAAAGUGAGAGGAGCUUCUGAGCAGGUAUAGGCAUUGAUUCAUUGUAUUUCAAUAGACUUCUAUUUGGCGGCAUUCUAGGGUCCUUGUGACUUAUGUAUAGUGUUGUCCUCUACUGCUACUGGGAUAGACCAUCCCACUACUGCUAAAGUUCUCUUUCCGUGAGAAAAAGUAAAGAACUAGAAUGUUUAUAGAGUUCAUAAUUUCUAAACUGUGUUUGGUUAAAAACAAAACUAGUGGAGAACUCAGUUCUUUAAAAAAAAAAAUCAUUUAAAAACUGAAGACUGGUUCUCGGUUCAUUCCCUAAAUUAGCUGGGAUUAGAACACUUCACAAUUUGUACCUAAAGAAUUUGGUUUUAAUACACUUGGUAAUGGUAAUCCUACUUAUGAACUUUUCAGCUCUUUUUGACUGAGAUGGUUGUAAGGGAAAAUAUCUUUAUGUUCUACAUUCAAUCUAAGAGGACUAUACUUAAAAGCAUUUGUUCAUAAUUAAAAUUAUUUUCAUUUUUUUCCAUUAAAUAAGUAUUAUGAUUGCACACUCCUUCAAUUGUCUGAAUUUAUGUAAGAGGUAUAGCUUGCUUAAAAUGCAUAUAUAUGUAAAAUUAUAUUUUCUUAGAAACGUGGACGUUUGCAACCAUUGCUUUCAAAGAGAUUAUUAUUGUGUAUUCUCCAUUUUACAGUGUUUUCAUGAAAACUAUGUUAUACCAGCAGCUUCUGAUUAUUAAUAACCAGUUUUAACUGCCUGUACCAGAUUUGUGAAUUAAAACACACAGAGAGAAUAAAAUGGAGUUUGCAAACAAAA